UUAGGAAUGUUUUGUUUUGAAAAGCCUUGUUUGGAUGCUCUGUCCAAUCUAUAUCCUUACUGUGCCAUUUUAAGCAAAUGCAAUUGUUCUCCGACAUCUUCGUCGGAAACUCCGACCCUCAUGGAACUUUUUCCUCUUCCUCUCUCUCAUUCUCUCCUCUCACAAACAAAUUUUCUCUUUCCUCCCUACAAAAACCAAGCUUCAACUUCCAUUUUUCUCUUUUGGGUUGCUCUAACCGUACCCCCAAAACCUUGCAUUCCCAUUGCAACAAUCUCCAAACCUCAUUUUCCACUGCACGAGCAAGCAAAAAGGGUUGAAACUUUUGAGUUCCUUCGUGGAACUGAGGUGCGGGUUCCUUUCCAGGAGCAUGUUUACGAGAAAUAUUAUGUGAUCAUGGUGAUAUAUCAAUUGUCAUGGUGAACAUUCAUGUUCUUAUAGUUGUGGAGGGAAUCGUUGUGUAGAAUUCCUGGAAAUUUUGCUGGUUCUCCAUCAUGAAUAUUCAAGUUUCUCUGCUGAGUUUAAUUGAUUUUAGAAGGAUUUCGGAAUAUGGUAAUUUAGAAAGGUGCAUGGCGAAUGAGAAUUUGUACACUGUUCAAGGUUGGGAAAAUCUGUGUUGGAAAAUUUGUUAACUGGAAAUUGCCUUUGAAGUGAAGGUAAAGAGAUUUAUCUGUUAGACUUUGUGUCUGGAAUGGGCAAUUUACACGAGGAGAAACCACCAUCACUGGUUAAACGUGGUUAGAUGUCGAUAAUUCAGUGCUCUAGUGCAAAAAGUGGUUAUAGGAAACUAACUAUAUGAUAAUCCACCAUGAACAAUGAGGAUCCUGGCAUUUCAGGCAAACAAUAUAUAGGUGCGGUGAAUUAUGGUUUAGGCAACCAAAUCUCUUCUGCUGAGGAUGGACAUGACAUAUGUUACCAAACGGGUGAAGAGUUUUCUGCGGAGUUCUUACGUGAUCGAGUUGCCUUAAGAAGAAUUCCUGUCAUAACUGACACAGACAUGCGUCUGCCAAACAGAUUGGAUGUUAAUAUUAAUGAUAAUAAUUGUCAGUUGGUUUAUGAGGAUCUAAAGCAUGCUCUCGGGCUAAGGAGAGCAGAUUCGGAUGGUAACUCGGAUUUGUCAGAGUUUGCAUUUGCCAGAGGAUGUGUUGGUGAAGUUGACAACAGGACCUAUCCUAAUAAUUUGAACAGAUACCAGUUUGAACAAGCUGGUAUCAGACAAGUAUCAGGUACAUUUUCUAAACAACUAUCAGGUAACUUUUCGGAGGGAAGUGGUGUUGAUCAAGUUAAUUCGGGACCAAAUACUUCACCUAUGUACGUUGACUCACCUCAUUCAUACCAUCCUUAUGCAUCAGUAUUCACAGAAGGUUCUUUCUACAAGAAGAUAAAGUUUCUUUGUAGCUUUGGAGGUAGAAUACUACCAAGACCAAAUGAUGGGAAGCUCAGAUAUGUGGGUGGAGAGACACGGAUAAUAUCAAUUAGGAAGAGCAUCGCAUGGGAAGAACUUAUGAGGAAGACUUCUGCUAUCUGCAGUCAAAGUCACACUAUCAAGUACCAGCUUCCUGGAGAGGACCUUGAUGCUCUUAUAUCUGUUUGUUCCAACGAGGAUCUUCAUCAUAUGAUUGAGGAGUAUGAAGAACUUGAAAGAGCUGGAGCCUCUCAACGGCUGAGGAUUUUUCUCAUCCCUUUAAAUGAAUGUGAGAGUUCAAGUUCCAAUGAAGCAAUAGUCAAUCAGCAAAGUGAUGCGGAUUAUCAUUAUGUUGUUGCUGUUAACAGUAUGCUGGAUCCAAGUCCACAACAGAGUUCCAGUGGGCGAAGUUUAGCAAGCCAUACAAGCCAGUUUGGAAAUACCAUUGAUUACAGCAGUCCACAUUUUCACAGAGAUUCAUCCACAUCUGCAUUUGCUUCAGAGAUAAAAGACUUGACCCCAACCUCUCCAAAUUUUGCAGGCCUACUCUCAAAACCCAGUCCUCAAUAUUUUACGACCCUAGCUGGCCAGACAUUCAACCAAAUGUCUCCUUUACCUGCUGUUUGUGAUCCCCAAAAUUCUAAUGGACAGCUAUUUAUCGAUAAACCAUAUAAUGCUAUGAAUGAGAGCAUUACUCCCUUUGUUACGGAAAAAGUUCCACAUGACAAUACUCUGUAUGUAGACAAUGGCAAUUAUGUUGAUCCAGUUGCAUACUAUAACAAUCUUGCUCAAGGGCAUAGACGCGUGAAUUACCAUCCUAAUAAUCAAUAUAUAAGGGAGUCUGACCAGAUCAGGAGGCCUCGUGAGAAUCUUCAUCUUCACAGACAUAACAGAAGCAACGAUUUUGUCUCUUCUGCAACAUGUAAUCUAAAUAUUCCGAGUUAUGAGAGACCUUUAAUUACCAGUGAUGGUUCAUAUCAUUUUAACAAUAUUGUCUCUCAUCCUCCCGAGUCUCCAAGUUUAUUGUCAGAAUCUGAUCCUAGAGAGGGUUCUCGGUACACAAUGUUGCAUGCACACUCUGACUCGAUACUUAAUGAGAAUGAUGAAAACAGUAAGGCCCACUUGCUAUUUCCCCGCAAUGUAGAGAGAGACAAUUUUCCAUCACGAAAAAAUUCAAGUCAUUUAGAAGAAUAUUCAUUACAGCCUGGAGAGAUAAUUGAUAGGAAAGAGCACCUGGCUAAGUAUCAAAAUUUGCCCAUUUUUGGAAUGACUGAUAGCUAUAAGAAAGUAUUAGAUAUUGGUAAAGAGAAUUUGCAACAUGCAGAAAAGAACAAUGAUUUCUUUGGAGAAACGAACAAUGCCAUAGAUUUUAAACAUUUACAGCACAUCUACACUCCACAUGGUGUUUCUUCAUCUUCUCCAGAUUUACAGAGAAGUGAAUGCAAUGCAUCUACUGAGUCUUUUGUCUCUCUCGAAUCCCCAAUAAACCUGAGGGGGCAAACAAGUGUGGUACAAUUAGACAGAGCCACUUCUGAGCUUUCCAUGAUGAGCCGAAAUUCAUCAAAAAUGCAUCACCAAUAUCAUAUGUCUGUGGCAAAAGACAGUCAACCACUUUUCCCUGGCCCUUUUAAGUCCCAAAAUGACAAAGAAUCCUCAUUACCUAUCUCAUAUAUGGACAUGAUUUCUUCCCAAAGAGAGGUUGCUGUCCCUGUCGGAGAUCCUGCGUACUACCUGCACCAGAAGGAAGAAAACACAAUCAUUGAGAAUCGAUCUUCCGAAAAUAUCAGUGAAUUCUGUGUCAACAGGCCAGUGUCUGAUUCCAAGGGACCUAAAGAUUCUAUUUCUUCGGGUAUCCAGUCAUGCUUAAAAGUUGUCUCGAAUGUAGAUGAAAAGGUUGAAGUUGAACCUACAUCUCUCAAAAAGGAAGGGAUAGAAUGUGAUAGUCCAGAAUCUGAAAGUAAGCAUGCAAGGCCUGAUGGUGGAAACAUCAACAAGUCUACUGGUGAUAGAGAAACUGCUGAAAUAGAGUCUGAAAUUUAUGGAUUACAGAAUAUUGAAAAUGAUGAUCUUGAAGAAAUGCAAGAGUUGGGAUCUGGAACCUUUGGAACUGUUUAUCAUGGAAAGUGGAGGGGGACAGAUGUUGCAAUUAAGAGAAUAAAAAGCAGCUGUUUCUCGGGUAGAUUGUCAGAGCAAGAGCGGUUGAUUAAGGAUUUUUGGAGGGAGGCACAGAUUCUGUCAACUCUUCACCAUCCAAAUGUGGUAGCGUUUUAUGGGGUAGUUCCAAAUGGCCCUGGUGGAACACUGGCAACAGUAACAGAAUACAUGGUGCAUGGAUCACUCAAGAGUGUUCUCAUGAAGAGGGAAAAAGUGCUUGACCGUCGUAAAAGGGUCCUGAUAGCAAUGGAUGCAGCCUUUGGAAUGGAAUAUUUGCAUUUGAAAAAUAUUGUUCAUUUUGAUUUAAAGUGUGAUAAUUUACUUGUCAAUCUGGGCGAUCCUGAACGACCUGUAUGCAAGGUUGGAGAUUUUGGCCUAUCCAGAAUAAAACGUAAUACACUUGUUUCAGGUGGUGUCCGAGGAACCCUUCCAUGGAUGGCACCUGAAUUACUGGAUGGUAACAGUUGUAGGGUAUCUGAGAAGGUUGAUAUUUUCUCAUUUGGCAUUGUAAUGUGGGAAAUCUUGACUGGGGAAGAACCAUAUGCUAACAUGCACUGUGGCGCUAUUAUAGGAGGUAUUGUCAAUAAUACGCUCAGGCCUCCUAUUCCAAAAAGAUGCGAUUCUGAGUGGAAAAAGCUGAUGGAAGAGUGCUGGAGUCCUGAUCCUGCAGCAAGACCAACCUUCACAGAUAUUAAAAUUAGACUUCGCAACAUAUCAGCUGCACUUCCCAAAAAGAGACAUAACAUUGGCAAUCGAUGAAACUUUCUCUUUUCCUUGUACACUAAUGGAUGCAAAUACCAAAGAAAGAUUAUUGACAUUGUUGUAUAGAAAAGAAACAGUAGUGUAGAGGUAUAACAUAAACCAAAAAUGAGUAAAAGCCAUUUAUUUAAAUGUUCACUCACUGGUGCACACUUGAAAAAAGUGCCUCACUGCAAACAUUUCUUGAGAAAUAUCUCUUGAAUAUGGUUAUGGGAAUGUAAAUAUCC